AUGGCAUCUGUGCUUAAGGAUCAGGGGUUACCAGAACCAGAAAUCGGAGUCAAUUACGCAUUUGCGGAAUACUGGAACGGAAAUGCUAUUGAGAAGAUGUGCAACGGGGGUGCUCAUGCUGUCAUUAUUGUGGGCCAGUUUCGGUCUGGUCCUUACAGUAAAGACUUCCAGGGAUAUGCAUUCGACCUUGAUACUGCGCUUGAUGCAACGUUCAAGAAGGGCGUACGAGCUAACUACCGAGCACGGGUGUGGGAGCCGUUUACAUCUAUGCAUAAACAAGCCAAGAUUAAUGCACUAGGGCGAGUUCGGCAGGAUAUGAGCAUUGAAAAGCUUAGUGAGCUUGUCAUAGUGUCACAAGACGCUACGAGCACGUGUUUAAGAGCUUACAAGAAGCGUUAA